UUUUUUUAUCUUUUUUUCAGGCCCCUGCAAGGCAGUCCUUGCUCGCAAUGUAUAGAACAAAAGUGAGCUUGAAAGAUCGUCAGCAAUUGUAUAAACUGAUUAUUAGUCAGCUGCUGUAUGAUGGAUACAUAAACAUUGCCAAUGGCCUGAUAAAUGAGAUAAAACCACAGUCAGUCUGUGCACCCUCUGAGCAGCUGCUGCACUUAAUUAAACUAGGAAUGGAGAAUGAUGACAGUGCAGUUCAGUAUGCUAUUGGGCGCUCAGAUACAGUAGCUCCAGGCACAGGAAUUGACUUGGAAUUUGAUGCAGAUGUACAGACUAUGUCUCCUGAGGCUUCUGAAUAUGAGACCUGUUAUGUCACAUCUCAUAAAGGGCCAUGUCGUGUAGCUACCUACAGCAGGGAUGGUCAGUUAAUAGCUACAGGAUCUGCUGAUGCAUCAAUAAAAAUUCUUGAUACAGAGAGAAUGUUGGCAAAAAGUGCCAUGCCCAUUGAGGUCAUGAUGAACGAGACAGCUCAGCAGAACAUGGAGAAUCAUCCUGUUAUUCGAACUCUUUAUGAUCAUGUGGAUGAGGUUACCUGUCUGGCUUUUCAUCCAACAGAACAAAUCCUAGCCUCCGGUUCAAGGGACUACACUCUCAAAUUGUUUGACUAUUCAAAACCUUCUGCAAAAAGAGCUUUCAAAUAUAUCCAGGAAGCAGAAAUGUUACGCUCAAUCUCUUUUCAUCCUUCUGGAGACUUCAUACUUGUUGGUACCCAGCACCCUACUUUACGGCUGUAUGAUAUCAAUACAUUUCAGUGUUUUGUGUCAUGUAAUCCUCAAGAUCAGCAUACUGAUGCUAUAUGCUCAGUUAACUACAAUGCAAGUGCUAAUAUGUAUGUGACAGGCAGCAAGGAUGGUUGCAUCAAAUUAUGGGAUGGCGUUUCAAAUCGAUGUAUCACUACUUUUGAGAAAGCACAUGAUGGAGCUGAAGUAUGUUCUGCAAUUUUUUCAAAAAAUUCAAAGUACAUCCUGUCAAGUGGAAAAGACUCUGUAGCUAAACUAUGGGAAAUAUCCACAGGUCGAACACUGGUCAAAUAUACAGGAGCCGGUUUGAGUGGACGACAGGUGCAUAGAACACAAGCAGUUUUCAACCACACGGAAGACUAUGUUUUACUUCCUGAUGAAAGGACCAUAAGUCUCUGCUGCUGGGACUCAAGAACUGCUGAACGGAGGAACCUUCUUUCAUUGGGUCAUAACAGCAUUGUUCGCUGUAUUGUUCAUUCUCCUACCAAUCCUGGUUUCAUGACAUGCAGUGAUGACUACAGAGCUCGAUUUUGGUAUCGAAGAUCAACCACAGAUUAAAGACAAUGUUUCAUAAAACGGUGCUUAUCCAGAUUCGUUAUACCAUCUUGUACUGAUUGUACUGCCAAAAGUUUGGAGCCGUGCUGGUUCUGUGCUUCACGUCUCACAUGUGAUGGAAAAAGAUGAAAAUGCUCAGGCUUAGUUUUCCCGUGCCUGCUGUUUUUUGUGGGAUUUUUACAGAAGUGAUGCCACACUAAUUUUAAGUCAUCUUUACCAUUUUUCCUCAAAUAAAAUUAAUUCUCCAAGGACACUUUUAAAACAUUUUUUAUGUCUAAAUUUUGGGGGGUUGGGGGAACAGGUGCGAGUGAAUCCUGUUCAGUCUGGGUAGAAUGAGCCAGUUUUGCUCUGGAUUGGGCUCGUGCAAUCCUACAGAAAUCCAUCUUUUAGAAUGGAUUGCACUAGAAUUCAGCAGAAUUUGGCCAAAUAUUUUAAUGAGGUCUGAAGCCAUCUUUCAGUUCUGAUUCAUGCUUUGUACAGGCAGAUGUCUGUUUUAUAUCUUUUUAUUGUGAGUUUUUUUUUAAAAGGUCAAAUGACCUUCCAGCUCUGAGCCAGAAUCCUGUGCCAUAAGAACUUGACUUUCACUUUUAAAUCUUUUUAGUUGAAUUCAACAAAAUGUACUUUUUUUUUUUUUUUUUAGUUCUUAUAUUAAA